GAAGCAUAUAUAGCAUGUCAAGUUUGAAGGAAAUCUGCCAAGGCCUGCCGCUUGAUCCUCUGCCAGAGCGUAGGCAGAGGGACAAUUCGAUUCCUCAUGCACCUGUCCUCACUCCAAAUUUGUCUCCCCAGGAAGAAAGGCUUGCACUGGAAAAUGCUCUUCGAUAUUUCCCUCCUGAGUUACAUCAGGUCCUGGCUCCGGAGUUUGCCCAAGAGCUGCGACAGUAUGGCCACAUCUACAUGUACAGAUUUAGACCUGACAUAGAAAUGAGGGCUUACCCUGUUGAUGAGUACCCAUGCCAGACACGUCAAGCUGCUGCUAUCAUGCACAUGAUCAUGAACAACCUGGACCCAUGUGUGGCUCAGUUUCCACAUGAGUUGGUCACCUAUGGUGGAAAUGGACAGGUGUUAUCAAACUGGGCACAGUUCUGGCUUGUGAUGCACUACCUGUCACAGAUGACUGAAGAGCAAACCCUGGUCAUGUAUUCGGGACAUCCACAAGGCCUGUUCCCCAGUCACAGCAUGGCGCCAAGACUUAUCAUUACUAAUGGAAUGGUCAUCCCAAAUUACUCCUCCAGAGAACAGUAUGACAAGAUGUUUGCUCUUGGUGUUUCUAUGUAUGGCCAGAUGACGGCAGGGAGUUACUGUUACAUUGGUCCCCAGGGAAUUGUCCAUGGCACAACAUUGACUGUGUUGAAUGCUGGUCGUAAAUACCUCGGCCUGGAUGAUCUACGUGGGAAGGUGUUUGUAACGUCGGGCCUCGGUGGUAUGAGUGGAGCUCAGGCUAAGGCUGCUGUUAUAGCAGGUUGCAUUGGUGUCAUAGCUGAGGUGAGCCAUGAAGCUUUACAGAAACGUCACAAGCAAGGCUGGCUGAAGGAGGUCACUGAUGACUUGGAUGCUCUGAUAGCUACGUUGAGGAAGUAUCGCAGAGAGGGGAGAGUGACCAGCAUUGGCUACCAUGGAAAUAUUGUGGAUCUUUGGGAAAAAUUUGCAUCUGAGCUUGAUUCAACAGGAGAGCUGUUGGUUGAGUUGGGUUCUGAUCAAACGUCUUGUCACAACCCUUACCUUGGUGGUUACUACCCUGUCCAACUGGGCUAUGAUGAGGCGAGGGAGGUGAUGCAUCAGGACCCAUCAAGAUUCAAGAACCUGGUUCAGGAAAGUCUUCGCCGCCAGAUUGCAGCCAUUAACAAACUGUCAGACAAUGGCCUGAGAUUCUGGGACUAUGGCAAUGCCUUUCUACUGGAGGCAUCUAGAGCAGGUGCUGAUGUGAAGAAAGAAGAUGAUACUCUCGGGACAGAGUUCCGUUACCCAUCAUACGUCCAGCACAUCAUGGGUGAUAUCUUCUCCAUGGGGUUUGGGCCCUUCAGGUGGGUCUGUACCUCAGCACAGGGUGAGGACUUGGCCAAAACUGAUGAGCUGGCAACCGCUGUCAUGGAAGGCAUCAUUGAGACAAAGGGAGCCCAGUUGCCCAACCAUGUGAAACAACAGUAUGCUGACAAUAUCAGGUGGAUCAAGGAAGCAGGCAAACACAAACUGGUUGUUGGUUCCCAAGCACGCAUCCUUUACUCAGACCAGGAAGGAAGAGUUGCUCUUGCCUUGGCCUUUAAUCAGGCUGUUGCUGACAGAAGGCUCCAGGGCCCAGUUGUAAUAAGCCGUGACCACCAUGAUGUGAGUGGUACCGACAGUCCAUUUAGGGAGACCUCCAACAUUUAUGAUGGAUCUGCUUUCUGUGCAGAUAUGGCUGUCCAGAAUGCCAUUGGUGACAGCUUCCGCGGUGCCACUUGGGUUGCCUUACAUAAUGGUGGAGGAGUUGGAUGGGGUGAGGUGAUCAACGGUGGAUUUGGUCUUGUCCUUGAUGGGUCAGAGCAGGCUGCUGAAAGAGCCGAGAGGAUGCUUGCCUGGGAUGUCUCUAAUGGGGUUGCUAGACGUUGUUGGUCUGGAAACAACAAUGCCAAGGAGGCGAUCUGCCGUGCGAUGGAUCAGGACAGCAAGCUGAAGGUAACCCUUCCAAACAGGGUACAGGAUCCUUCCAUCUUGGACAGGGCGCUUCAAGACUGAUCAUGACAACCAGGAGAAUAUUAAAGUCAGUGUUAGGACAAUGAUAUGUGCUAUACUUCCAGAACUACUGUAAAACAGGAUCAUUCCAGGGAAAACCUAUAUAUUAUAAUGAAAUAUAGAUCUCUUCUGUUCAGCUAUUCUCAUCUAUUUUUAUUGUCAAAAGUGACAGCUUUUAAUCUUUAGCAACUUGGCAGCUAUACAAUCAUGACUAUGUCUCUGCAGUCUUCAGUUUGAGGUUUUCAUUUUUAGUCUGUUAUCAUCUACAUGUAUAGUUUAGGUUGAGUUUGAUUCAGUUAUUCUUCAUUUGGAAACAGUGAUAUUCCGGUUUGAUUUUUUGUAGAUUUUAUCAUCGAUUGUUGUUGAUUCCAUUAGUUUUGGUAUUCCAAAGAGUGAUUUUUUUCAUUUAGAUUUACUUUUAAUUUGUAAGGGUCGCUUACACCAUUCCCAAAAUGCUGCUUGCAGAGCAUCAUCAUGUCAGUGCAUGACAAUCUCUUGCAUGAAUUGUCAUUACUAUAAAAUCGCUAUAACAUGAAUAAAGAACAAUAAAAUAUUGAUUU